UUCCCAUUGAGUUCUCAUGCCUUCCAUCUACAUGCUCGCUAGCGCUGGGAUCUCGGGGAUGUAUGAAAGCCGCCAGGGGACUCUGCUCGACCCCCCCAUCGUCUCGGGCGACAUACGACGAUCCAUUCACGGGAUGCUGCCCAACGGAAAGUCCAUGGCGUGGGUGUUCGAUCCUAGUGGGACCAGCUCAUGUCGGGAAGUUUCACGAUCCGACCUGUUUAAGAUGAUCCAAUCGGCAUCGUCCAGUACCGGACUGCCAAGACCGAGGGCUACGCGGCGGUCCAUCCUUGGCGGGAUUCCGGCCAUUCAAAUGCGAGACAUUCGGCAGCUAGACGAAGCAUACGUCGAGUCCCAAGAGCCUACGAUCGUCGUUCGCCAGCAGGCCAUCCUCGUUAACGUUGUUCCCAUUCGAGCAGUGGUUCUUCGCAAUGCCUGUAUUGUGUUUGACGGCCCCAACAACGUCGUCGCGGUGCUGCAGGCCAAGUUUCGAGAAUACUCUGCCGAAAACCCAACAUCUCCGUUUGAGUUUUCGGCCCUCGAAGUGAUCUUGUCGACCCUCACCGCAGGGUAUUCUAAGUCGUUUGAAACCUUUCGACCCGUGGCCGAAGCGGCGCUGCGGGAAGUCGCAAAAGUCGAACGCCCGCGCAACGAGUUCGAACAGAUGCGGGGGAUCCAAACGACCUUGGCGGUGCUCGAGUCCCACGUCGUGAGCAUGCGGCGGUUGCUCAUGUCGUUGCUGGACAACGACGAUGACCUGCACAUGUUGUACUUGACCAAAAUGCACAACGAUCCGUCGUUGCUCCAAGGCGAGUUCAAUUUUGACGUCGACGAGGCCACGUCCCUUCUGGAAGUGCAUUUACGAGAUAUUUACGGCAUCCAGUCGCAGAUUUCGCUGAUGGGGUCCAACAUCCAACACACGGCGCGCGUGGUGGACUUGCUGUGGACGUCCAAGCGCAAUUAUUUGCUGCUCAUUGACAUGUCUUUGCGGGUAAUGCUGCUGAUGCUGUACUGCACCAACUACUGGACGGGGCUCUUCGGUCAAAACAUCCGGUCGGAUUUCGAGGACAACGAGGCGCUGUUCUGGGGCACGACCGUGUUCUGCGCCGUGUGGACGUUUGGCGCGUACGCAGUCGUGUGCAAAAUGUUUCUCGCGCGGGGAUUGAGUUUGUCGUGGCAUAAACGAGUGUAAUCCUAUCGAUAAUAGUGUUUAUAACUUAACUCUCUGCCUUCCAACCCCAACCAAGAUAUCGCUGGCCAUUCGUCUAGUACUUCCAUGACAUGUUGAUGCCUUGGAGCUUCAAAAACUGGACCACGACGUAGUACCCGACCAGGACAAACUGGAUGCACACGGCAAACACGAUCCAGAAGAUGUAGUCCGUCUCUUGGAUGUACGAGUUGAGGUUCAUCCCGAACGCGCCCACAAUAAACGUCGGCAUGGCCAGCAGCGUGCCCAUAAGCGUGAGACUCAAGUCGACACUCAACAAAAAGUUUCGCUUCGCGUCGAGUUUGAGCAUCACGAUGCU